AUGGAGGCCGAGGCGGCGACCUGCGCAGGCGCAAACCUGCAGCUGGGGUGAGGGCUGUAAGUGGCGCGGUUCGGGGCAGCGCCCCGAUGGAACCUCUUAGUCCUGUGAGGGGGCCCUUGCAAGAUUCCAGCUGGUAUGAGCCUUCUGCAGAGCUAGUGCAGACUAGAAUGGCUGUAUCAUUAACAGCAGCUGAAACUCUGGCCCUUCAGGGUACACAGGGACAAGAGAAGAUUAUGAUGAUGGAACCAAAGGAAGAGGAACAGUCUUGUGAGUAUGAGACCAGGCUAGCUGGGAACCACUCUACCAGUCAAGAGAUCUUCCGCCAACGCUUUAGGCAUCUCCGCUACCAGGAGACUCCUGGUCCCCGGGAGGCCUUGAGCCAACUACGAGUACUCUGCUGUGAGUGGCUGAGGCCAGAGAAACACACGAAGGAGCAGAUCCUGGAGUUCCUGGUGCUGGAACAAUUCUUGACCAUCCUGCCUGAGGAGCUCCAAUCCUGGGUGCGGGGACAUCACCCUAAGAGUGGAGAGGAGGCUGUGACUGUGCUGGAGGAUUUAGAGAAAGGACUUGAACCAGAGCCGCAGGUCCCAGGCCCUGCACAUGGACCUGCACAGGAAGAGCCAUGGGAGAAGAAGGAAUCUCUGGGAGCAGCCCAGGAAGCACUGAGCAUCCAGCUCCAGCCUAAGGAGACCCAGCCUUUCCCAAAGAGUGAACAGGUAUAUUUACAUUUUCUGUCAGUUGUUACAGAAGAUGGCCCAGAGCCCAAGGACAAAGGAUCAUUGCCACAACCACCCAUUACUGAAGUGGAAUCACAGGUGUUCUCAGAAAAACUUGCUACUGACACCUCUACAUUUGAAGCUACCUCUGAGGGUACCUUAGAACUGCAGCAGAGAAAUGCCAAAGCGGAGAGACUGAGGUGGUCCCCUGCCCAGGGGAAAGGUCUCAGGCAGAUGGUUGUCACCCAUAAGGAAAUCCCCACAGGGAAGAAAGACCAUGAAUGUAGCGAAUGUGGUAAAACCUUCAUUUAUAACUCACAUCUUGUUGUCCACCAGAGAGUUCAUUCUGGAGAGAAACCCUAUAAGUGUAGUGACUGUGGGAAAACUUUCAAACAGAGCUCAAACCUUGGUCAGCAUCAGAGAAUUCAUACAGGAGAGAAACCCUUCGAAUGUAAUGAAUGUGGGAAGGCCUUCAGGUGGGGUGCUCAUCUUGUUCAGCAUCAGAGGAUUCACUCAGGAGAGAAGCCCUAUGAGUGUAAUGAGUGUGGGAAGGCCUUUAGUCAAAGCUCCUAUCUAAGUCAGCAUCGGAGAAUUCACAGUGGAGAGAAACCUUUUAUAUGUAAAGAAUGUGGGAAAGCUUAUGGAUGGUGCUCAGAGCUCAUUAGACAUCGGAGAGUUCAUGCCAGAAAAGAGCCUUCCCAUUGAAUUGAAGGGGAGAACAUCUCCAGACAGAAUUCUACAUUGGUCUAAUCUACUUUAGGACUGGAUCCCAUAAAAGUUGUAAGCUCCUUAA